UGCGAUCGUGAGUGCACGCGUACAUGUGGUCUCGAGUUACACGGCGGAUUACGAUGGAGUCACCACGAGUAUUUCGGCAAACUAGUCGACUGCCGAGGCCGCUACUUGUGGCAGUGCUGCUGCUCGGUUGCCAGCUAGUGCCGGGAAGGAUUCUUGGUCAGCUAAGGGACGAUGUGGAAUUUAUCGAUCCAACCGUUGGCCUGGGACCCGGCGGAACAUCAAGCGGCGGCAUCCCGCUAGGACCGAGAGGAUUCCCUGGAUUUCCCGAGAUUCUACCGAGACCGGAACCAUCGUGGAAGGCGGGAGCAACGCUGGUAGCGGACAAUCCGGAGCAGCCGAUCAUGGGAACGAUCACCUUUCGCCAGUGGGUGCCUGGACACGUCGAGACGGUGAUCAACGCGACCGGACUGCCGGUCGGUAAGCACGCGGUCCAUGUACACGCGUUUGGUGAUAUGCGCGAGGGUUGCAAAUCGACCGGACCUCACUUCCGCAGCAGUAUCAUCGGUAACAUCGAGGUGAAGGAGGACGGUAACGCGGUGCUCGAUUUUCACAGCCCCUACAUCAAUCUGUUCGGGCUGGCCGGUAUCGUGGGCCGUUCGAUAGUGAUACACGAAAAACCUUCCGAGGUGUACCGGUUUCCGGAUCUAUCGGUCAACAAUCCGGUUUCGUUCCAGAGCGAAGAGGAUACCGUUGGUGCACGGAUCGCGUGCGGCAUCAUCACCAUCCUGGAUAACGUGACAGCCUAAUCCGUGGUAAACAGCGGCCACCGUGAUAUUCUUAUUGGGAUUUGACAUUUUUUAUCGUUGAAAAAUCUUUAACCAAAUAAAAGUUCUAUUAAAGUU